GGGGUCAAGGGUCGCGGCGGUGGCGGCUAUUUUCAGGUGCACAACAAUUUAAAAGGAGGAACAUCAUGGGGAUUGCACGAAAGAUCUACCGUUUUGAUCAAUUUAGGUAGCCAAGUCAAAAGAAAUCACCCUCUUUCUUGGGCCUUCGUGAAGGAUAUAUGAACCCAAUCUUCCCAAACGCCGAUCCAAUUCCUUGAAUUAAGAAACCAAUACAAACAUGCAGCCCGUGCAGAGGAAACUAAUUCUCACUGCUUGCGGUUCUCAUCUUCCCUCUCUGCUUCGAUCCAAAUGAAGCGGCGAACACAGGAAGCAAGCACUUUGUGCUGGUCCACGGAGCAUGUCACGGCGCAUGGUGCUGUUACAAGGUGGCGACCUUACUGAGAUCAUCCGGUCACAACGUCACUACGAUCGAUUUGGCCGCCUCAGGCAUCGACCCGAUUCAGGCUAGCUCGCUUCAAUCGAUUUCUGACUACUUCAAGCCCCUAAGAGAUGUCAUGGAAAGUCUAUCUCUGCAUGAGCGAGUGAUCCUUGUAGGCCACAGCUUUGGUGGAAUGGCUCUUUCUCAUGUCAUGGAGAGAUACCCAAAGAAGAUUGUGGUUGCUGUGUUUGUCACUGCCUUGAUGCCUGGUCCGAAACUUAAUGCCACUACGGUCAACACUGAGACAAUCAGAAGAGCAGGUUCUCUAGGAGACAGCCGCUAUAUCUAUGACAAUGGGCCCAACAACCCUCCGACCGCCGUCACACUCGGCCCAAUGCUCUUGGCCUCGAGGACCUAUCAACGCAGCCCGAUUCAGGAUUGGACGUUGGCCAACACACUGGUGAGACCGCAUCGCCUGUUCAGCGACGAGGACUUGACGAGGGAAAUAACAUUGUCUGAGCGAAAUUACGGGUCUGUCCGAAGAGUUGCUGUCAUAUCCGAGGACGACAAGCUGGUCAACAAGGACUUCAUACUGUGGAUGAUCGAGAGGAACCCACCGGACCAAGUGCUGGAGGUGAAAGGGUCAGAUCAUAUGGUCAUGAUGUCCAAGCCCAUGCAACUGUUCGCCCUCCUUCAGCACAUUGCCAAUACUACCCAUUACUAAUAUGUUUCGGGGCCUGUGGCCUCCGAUAUAUUCUUGAAUUUGGAUUGCUUUUGCUGGAGGGAGAAUUCGUUAGGACGUUUCACUGUUGCGACAACUUGGGAGACCUUCAGGCGGAAGAGGACUCGGGUUCUUUGGCAUGCAUUCGUCUGGAACAACGAAAUUACACCACGGUAUCAAGUAAACCUUUGGCUUAUGGCCAAGCGCAAGCUUCCCACCUAGGCGUUGUUAUUGUCUCAUGGCAGAAUAGAUAGUGGCGCCUGUGCCUUCUGCAAUGAUGUGCCGAAUUCUAUUGACCA